AUGAAAAUACCUAAUAAAAGAAAAACAAAUAAACCAGAAAAUAAACCAUAUACCAAGAAAAAUAAGAUAAUUGAACAAAAUAAAGAUGUUUCAAAUGAUAAUUGUGAAAGUAGUGACUCGAUAGAAGAAUUUUCUAUAGCACAAAAUAACAAAAAUGAAAAACCAAAAGUAAGUGCAACUGGAAAAAUAAAGUUGGACAAAGAAAAUGAGAACCAUUACAAUGGUAAGAUAGGGGCGAAUAAAUAUGAAACAAACAAAAGGACAAAAGAAUGUAACAAUAAUGUUAACACAACCAAUAAUAUUAAAAGUAAGCAAAAUAGGAUAACAUCAACUAGUUCGCAAUCAAAAAAUGAAGAUAUUGCAAAAGAAAAUAAUGAGCGUUUGAAAAGACUCAAAAAAGGUGCAAUAAUUGAAAUAACAUUAUUUAAUUGGAUGGUUUUUAGUGGCCCUAUAAAAUUAAAAGCUAAUGAAGGAAUUAAUUUAAUUGCUGCAGCAAAUGCGAGUGGUAAAUCUUCUAUUGUUUGUGCAUUAGUUUUCGGGUUAGGAUAUAAUUCAAACAUUUUAUCUAGAAAUAAAGAUUUGAUAAAUUUUAUAAAAAAAGGCGAGAAAAAAAGUUAUAUAGAAAUCAUUUUAAAAUAUGAUGAUACAAAAAAUGUGUGUGUAAAAAGAAUCAUGAGUAUAAAUGAUAAUAAAGUAGAAUCUAUUUGGCUAAUAAAUAAUAAAAAAACAAAUUUCACAAAUAUUUUAGAUAUCCAAAAAAAUUAUAAUUUAAAUUUGGAUAAUUUGAUCACAUUUAUGCCUCAAGAAAAUGUUAGUAAAUUUUCAAGAUUAAAUCCUGAAGAGCUAUUUGAAUAUACACUUUUAGCAAUUGAUAGUAAGCUCUUAAAAAUUUAUAAAAGUUUAAAUGACAUUAUAAAUUCUAAACAAGUUGGAGAAAAGAAGUUGGUUAUAUAUGAACAUGAAAUUGUUGAAGAAGAAAAAUUAAUGAAUAACUUAGAAGAAAAAAAAAACAAAUUUGAAGAUUUAAGAAAGCUUAUUUCUAUUGUCAAGUUAUAUAAAAUUAAAAAAAAAAUGUUAAUUUUACAAAAAAAAAGAAAUAGCUUAAAGCAUUAUAAAAUAACAAUAGACCAAUUAGUUAAAGAUAAGGAUAAACAGUUUAAAGUGUUAAAAGAAUAUUUAAAGGAAUUAGAAAAAUGCCAUAAAAUUUUAAACAAAUUAUCACUGAAAAUUGGACAAAAAAAAAAUGAAAUAAAAGAAUCAGUUUCUAAAUAUGUUUUAUGGAAUGUGAAAUUAGAAGAAAUCGAAAAAGACAUCUUAAGCGAAGAAAAAAUCAUGGAAGAUACAGUUCAAAAUGUGUGUGAGAAUGCAGAUUAUAUUAAAGAUAUAGAUAAACAGAUUAAAAAAACAAAUGAAGAAAUAAAAGAAAUCGAAUCAUUUUUUAGUGAAAAAGAAAAAAAUAGCAAACAAAAUGAUAUACGAGAAAAGGAAUUACAAAAUGAAUUAAAAGAAUUGUUAAAUGAAAAUAAAAAAAAUAUAAUGAAAAAAUAUAAUUUACAAUCAGAGAUAAAUUUAAUUACAGAAAAAAUUAAAAGAGCACGAAAUUAUGAAAAUAUUCAAGAAGAAAAAAUGUUAAAUAACAUCGAUUUUACUUUCAGAGAAAGAAUAAUUAAUUAUAAGAGAAACAUUAAAAAUAUUGUACGAACACACAACUUAAUAAGUGAUAAUUUUAUAGACAAUUUAACAACGAAAUAUGAUGAAACAAAAAUAACAAAUCAAAAUGAACUUAAUGAUGCUAUUAUCGAUGAAUUAUCUAAAAGGAAUAUUCUAUAUGGACCUAUUUGUAAAUAUAUUAAAUGCACAAAUCCUGAAUUUGAUUAUAUAUUAGAAUUUUUUUUAAAAAAAUAUUUUAACAGUUUUUUAUUAAUUAAAAAAGGAAAUCAAGAACUACUCGAAUCAUUAUAUAAAAAUUACAAGCUUUCAGUUAUCACUAUGACAAAAGAAACUCAUGAAUUUUGUUAUGUAACUAAUGAAAUGAAACAAAGAGGAGUAAAAUGUUUCAUAUAUGAAUUAUUUGAUAGCCCCGAAGUAAUAAAGCAUGGGUUAUCAAAUUUUCUACCAUUAAAUAUAGCCUUUGUAAUAAAAGAGGAUGCAUUAAAAAAUAAAAGUACAGAUGAAAUAAACGAGUUUAACAAUUUUAUGAUAAAAGAAUUAUCAAAACAAUUGAAUGAAGAAAUUAGUAGUUUAUUCUAUUUUUGUAGCAAUAAUGUACAUAAAUAUAAAAUAAGUUCAUAUGAUAAAAAAAUAUAUGUGCAUACUUUUUCGUACAUAAAAAAAAAGUGUAAUAUACUAUACAGUAUAACAAGUGAUGUAGAACGUGAUUUAGACAAUCUAUUUGAAAAAAAAAAAAUAUAUAAUGAAGAAUUAACAGUGAUAGAACAGAAUAUACAAGAGUCUGAUAGACUAAAAAAAAUGAAAAAUGAUGAAUAUAAUAAAAUAAUUUUAGAAAAAAGUGAAAUAAAUAUAAAAAAGAAAAAGCUAGUUUUACUAAAUAAUGAAUUAAAAAAUUUACAAAACAAUUUAAGCCUUUAUUUAAAAGGAGAACAUAUAAUAGAUCAAAAAAAAAUAAGUAUAACUAAAAAUAUAAAUUUAUUAAAUGAGAAAAAAAUAAAAAUAUGUGAUGAUUAUUUUACACUUUUAAAAAAACAUGUAAAAUAUGAUGAAGAUUUAUUUUCACAUUCUCGUUAUUUUAAUGAAUGGAAAAGAUACCUUUCUGUUAUAAAAAAUAAAAAUGCAGAUAACGAAGAAAAACUUGAAAUGAUUAAAAAAACGAUUGAUGCUGAAAUGACUAACUAUACAACAUGUUUAAAUGAUAUAAAGGAAUUAGAAGAUAUUAUAAAAGUUCAAAGAGGGGAAUUAACAAAUAACGAAAUUAAAUUUAUAAAUGAAAUUAAUAUGUCUUUAGAUGAAAUUGAGAAAAAGCUACAAGAGUGUUUAAUUCAACAAAAAAUAUACCCAGAUGUUGAAAAAGAUGAAGAAAAAUAUAAUCUUAUAUCUAUUCAAAUACAAAAACACAAAGAAAAUAUAGAAAAUAAAAAAAAAGAAAUUGAAAAUCUAAAAAGAGAUUUACAAAAUUAUGAUAAACAGAUUGAAUCGAUAUUACCUAAUUGGUCAAAUGAAAUAAAUGAAUAUAUUAUUUUUUUAAAUCAUAAUUUCAAAAAAUUUAUGAAUUUUAUAAAUCCAGAUUAUGAUGGUAAAAUUGAGUUAGUUAAAAAAAAUGAUAUAUAUGAAAAAUGUCAAUUAUUUGUAAAAGUUAAAUUUAAACAAACCUCUCCAUUUUUAUCAUUAUCUGUAUCUCAUCAAUCUGGAGGGGAAAGAUCAUUAAGUACUAUGUUGUAUAUAUUGUCAAUUCAAAAAUUAACAAAAAAUGGAUUUUAUGUUCUUGAUGAAUUAAAUCAAGGCUUAGAUCAAAUUAAUGAAAAGAAAAUUUUUGAAUUACUUUCAUGCUUAUCUAAUCCAGUAUUAUAUGAACAACAUUUUUUACACCAACAUCAUUAUAAAUAUAUAAAUAUUGACUAUAAAUCAAAACCACAAUAUUUUAUAUUAACACCACAAAUUAUUAGAAAUAUCCCAUUCAAAGACAUAACCGUUCAUUAUCUGUUCAAUGGCUUUGGUGUGAUUGAAAAUCAAUUUGAUAAUUUAUAUUAUUAA